GGCGGCAGAUCAACCCCAACCUCAGGGAGAGAAGGACGUGUAGCUCUUGCUCUCCGCCACCACCACCGCCUGUCAGUGUUGCCAGACCCCAGAGACUUACUUGGCACUCGUUUGAAGCCUCUUAGUGACACUUUGACCCCCAAGUGACCGUAUUCGAGGCACCUAAGGAACUAUUAACUGGAAAUAACGCUGAGGACUACCUUGGUUUAGUGUAAUACCUGCCGAAGAGCUUAACACCUGUUCUUCGACCGCCACCAUUCCCGGGACGCCCCUGCCACCGUGUACCCUCAGGACCCCUGCCCCCUGUCUCCUCUAACACCCCUUCGCCCCUUCACGCUCACCAUCAUGAUCGCCACAGACCUCCGCCGGGAGUCUCUCAAGGCCACGAAGAGCGUUCUUGGUUCACUCAACUCGGCGAUUGCAGACUCGCUCGCGCACGGAAAACGGAGUGACAUGAAGCUUCGGCUGGGCUGCCUCCGUCGACGUGGUGACUCCCAGGGCAGCGUCAGACCCAUGCCCGAGGAAGUCCAGGGCUGGGCAGAGAGCUUCCACAAACUUAUGGCAUCAAAAUACGGCCAGGCACUCUUCAAGGCCUUCCUGCAGCGGGAGUUUAGCGAGGAGAACGUUGAGUUUUGGCUGGCUGUCGAGGAUUUCAAGAAGACCAGAGCCGCCAAGAUGCCCUCCAAAGCCUCUAAGAUCCACUCCGAUUACGUUGCUGUCCAGGCCCCAAAAGAGCUCAACCUGGACCCCGGCACGCGCGCCCAGAUCGCCAAGUCCCUCGACUGCCCCGACAAGUACAUUUUCGACGCCGCGCAGAAGAGGGUUCAGGCGCUCAUGGAGUCCGACGCGUACCUCCGCUUCCUCCAGUCUGACCUGUACAAGGAGCUGCUGCACCCCGAGACUUCGAUGCCCAAGUCCGAGGCGUUAUAGGCCCCCGGGCCCCACGCGCCGGCCGGGAGGCCCCCCCUACCCCCCCUCACCCCCCUACCUCCCGCCACUCAAAAUAUGACAUGCUGUGAGCUUGUUGACUUAUAAUGUAUUUAUAAUAAUUUAUGAUAGAUUUUUGUAUUUAUUAAACGGUGAAGUAUUCUUGUACGGAGAAGCUUUGUAAAAGUUGACGGAAGAAUCCUGAGACUGUUUUUGAGUGACCCUGAGCUUCCCGGCGCUUCCGUGGGGCGCGCGGCGGCGCCACCAGAGCCCUCCCUCACCUGCCGGGGGGCGUCGUGCCCUGGGCCCGGCGCUCCCCGGCUCCCCCGGCCGCCCUACGGCCACCCUGACUGUGAUACCUUCGCCGGGCCGCCGCGCCCGCACCGCCUAGUCACGCCGCCGCGCCGCCGCCACCCGCUGAACCAAAGACUUUUGUAGGGACACGCUCGGAGCUUUGACGUGUAAUAUUACGAUAUAUUUUGUAGUGGUCGAGGAUGUUACCUUGUUGUACAAGCCAGUCUGUAAAUGCGUAUUUUCCGCAUGACCCUGAGCCGCGCCCUCCACCCGCCGGCGCCCGUCAACACUCAUCUCAGUUUCAUGAGAGCCGUGUCGUGCGUAAUACGCACUCCACCCCGCGGCGGGCCAUGCACGGCCCCCGCUCCUACAGUAUUUAUGUCCUAAGUUAUUUAUAUGAUAUUUAGUAGCCCAGGAUGGCCUCUGUAACCCUUCGGGGGAGGCGUGUGGGCGUGGGGUGGGAGGGGCGGCGCCCCGCCCCCCCCCCACCCCGACUCUGCCACAUUCCACAGACGGACUCUGUCGCCGUAGCGUAUCCGCACGUAGCCACGUUUUAAUGUAUUGCCCGCAGCGGUGUAGGUCGCCUCAUCACCCGAUGACUCACUCAUUCGCCUCAUUCAUCUCGCCUCCUGCACCCGCCUCACCCGCCCUCACCCUUCACCUCACCGGCGAGCCCCGCCCCGCCUCAUCUAGUCCUCAUGUGUACAUAGCAUCCCCUCCUGUACAAAUCUUGUCAGUUACCGAUAAGUGACAUAGUCUGCUGAAGUGAAUUAAGUGAAAUAUAAACGAAAACAAAAAUA